GAAAACAAAUAGAUUCUAUGUGAUCUAGCGUCAUUUCAGCUUGGAUUACUUAAUUUAGGAAAUUGUGAAAGAAAGGAAAUCUCAACAGCAUAACUUUGCAUUUUGAUGGAGAUUACAUUUCAGACCCAAAUCAAACAAAUAAAACUUAGCAGUUCAGAGAAUACCCACCCGGAGAGAUGAGACGAUUACGUGACCAGCUAUAAAUUGUGUUCCUUACAUAGAUUAAAUUCUUGAGUCGAUUUACUAUGGCGUAUAGCAAGGAUCAGGCGGAAAUAGACGAAAAGCACGAAAUAGUGUGCGAAGGCUUUCGAGAAGAGUUGCUCUAUAAACUCAACGAACUCAGAGAAUCGAAUACUCUCUGUGAUACAACGAUUCGAGCCCAAGGACAGGACUUCCCAGCCCACAGAUGUGUUCUAUCAGCUGCAAGCCCUUACUUCCGAGCCAUGUUUACAAGUGAAUUGAAAGAGAAAGAAAGUAGCCUCGUAGAGUUAAAGGAGAUCAAAUCUACCACGAUUAGCGACGUUCUUCAUUAUAUUUAUACUGGUGAAACAACUAUCGACUUUUCCAACGCGAAAGAUUUGGUGAUGGUCGCCGACUACUUGAUAAUGCCAAGUUUGAAAAAGAAAGCUGCAGUUUACCUCCAGAAUAAAAUGAUAAAUGUUUCCAAUUGUUUAGCUCUAGAAUCGUUCGCUUCUCGGUAUGACUGCCAGCAACUGAAACAAGCCGCAGUUACAUUCCAAACGGAGAAUUUUCUAGACGUCUCUAGAUCUGAAGAUUUCACGUUACUGGAUUCGAAGAAAGUCAAAGAGCUGAUUUGCAUGGAUGAGAUAAACGUGACUGAAGAAGAGGAAGUGUAUAAAGCAGUGAUGGCCUGGGUGAAACAUGAUCUGCCAUCCAGGGAGUGCAUCCUUCCAGAAUUGUUGAAAUCUGUUAGAUUUUUUUCAAUGUCAAAAUCCAGUCUACGAAGAGUACUUGAUCAAGAGCUUGUUUCCAAAAGUCUAGCUUGUGUUAGGAUUAUAAACAAUGCGUUGGACUUGUUUCUAUUUCCGGUGCUCUCCGAGGAAAUUUCACUCAAACCUCGCUUAUCUUUGAAUGAUUAUGAAGACGUGGUAGUGCUCACCGGUGGAGAAAAUGUAAGUGGUUGUACAAACAAUACUGAAUGUUUCGUUCUUGCCACGAAGACCUGGGAGUCUCUAUCGACUAUGCCUUUCCCUCGUACCUAUCAUGGUGCUGCAGUAUGUGGUGGACUUUUGUAUGUAAUGGGAGGAAGGGAUUCGACUUCUGUGUGUUGUUUUAACCCACAACGAAAUGAAUGGAGCACUCUUGACUCUCAAUUGUAUGGAACAGCCUGUACAGUCACAUGCUUAAAUGAAGAACUCUAUGUAAUUGGUGGAGAGGAUUCGUGGCGAGAUGUUCAAAUAUACAAUCCAGUUCUUAUGGAGUGGAGGCAAGGAACUCUUAUGGAAACUGCUCGUGCACAACACAAUGCAGUUUCUUUACAAGAACGUAUUUAUGUCAUCGCUGGUCACAAUGGUGACGAUUGUCAGAACAGUGCAGAGUGUUACAAUCCAUCAACUGACCAAUGGACUGAGAUUUCUAGUAUGGCUAAUGCCCGUAGGUCUGCUGUUGCUGCCACAGUUGGUAGUAAAAUAGUUGUUGUUGGAGGAUUUUGUGAAAUAACGGAUGAUACCUUAGAACCCUCUUGUGAAAUAUUUAAUCCAAGUACAAAUCAGUGGAGUUUGGUGCCGAGUCUUAGUAAACCCCUAGCAGCAAGUGGUAUUGUAAGUACAGGAGAUACUAUUUAUUUGUUUGGGGGUGCAGACAACCAGUAUAUAUACGGAAAAGUGCAUUGUUUUGAUGUGAAAACCAGUGAAUGGAACAAAAUUUCUAUUUUACAUAAAGGGGCUUGCUAUGGUCUGCAAGCAUCUUUGCUUAAAUUGCCAAAAAAAUUUUUGAAAAAUAGUCAGUGAAAUCACUUCUUACAAAGGUAUCUGGGGUAUGCAUGCAGUUGCCCAAGUCUGUCUGGGAGCCAUGUCAUCCUUUUACUCCAAAGGAAAAGGUGUGGGAACCAACCAUUGAGGGAACACUUUCUGUUGCCCAAUCAUGAAGAUACCAAUAUUUUUAACAUUUGACACAGUGAAAUAUGGAUACAUUAAGUUCUGAUUUCAAAAAGGGCCCCCUGACCUUUUAUAAUUAGUAAGCUUUUACCCUAAGGUAUAGUUAGGAGCUGUCUCAAACUUCUCUUGGUUUAAUAAUGUAACAUGUUUAAAUUAAGUUUGGGUGAUUGAUAAAAUAACCCAUAUUUGCAUCGAAGUAUGGGCAUAUGGUGGAAAGAAGUUAUUUUGGGUGCAAUUAUGACGUGAUCAAUAUUAAACUAAUGCAGUGUUUCCUCUUUUUUUUAAGCGUCAAAUGUUUACAACUUCUGGGGCGGAUCUAGGCCGGGGGUGGUUUGGGUGGCUCAGUUGAACCCCCUAAACUGAACAUAAAAACGUAUAACAAACGUGUGGUUAAAAAAAAAAGUGAACAAACUCAGCUAAUAAAUAUAUAUGUUGAAAAGGAUAUUUCUUUGUGUCUUUGUACGCAAAAACAGCAAUAAAAACAAGACAAAUUAUUUUGUGCCUAGUUGAAAGUGGCCUCUUGUACGCCCGCUCAUGGUCCGCUUGAGCUAUAAAAUUACUGCUUAUUAGUGCUUACAGGUCCCGCCAAAACUGACAGUUUAUGCCAAAUCUGCCAAUCAUUCCAAUUCCGGCAUUGCAUAAAACCACACUGUUCUUUGGAAAUCAGAGUUGUGGAUUGUUCUCUCAGUGAGUCAAAGAUUGUGCCAGGAGUAUUUUAAAGAGAAAAUGUACUUAAACAUUUCUCAACAUCAACUCAUGACUUAAUGUGUUGAAGAGGACAAAGCAACCACAAAUUCACCAGUUUUUCGGACCGUGAAAGGCUUACCUGCGCACCACCAUGACGACAGAAAGAUUGUCUGGCUUGGAGCUCAUGAAUAUUCACCCAAAAGAAACCCAUAGAUUAUGAUGCUGUUGUCCAGAAAUUUGCAGAACAGCAACCCCGGAGAAAGUUGCUGGCUGAUCCCAUUUUUGAGGAAUCAUGAAUUUUUAAUUUGAAUGAAUUUAAAUUGUUUAUCCGUCUCGAUUAUUGUCAGUGUUAAGAAAAUCCAUCCUUUAAACUACUGUAGUUAGCACAAAAAUGGUGACUUAAGAGCAAUUAAACCACUUCAAAUUUCCCCUGAAAACACUGGAAAUUGCAUUUCAGAGGCCCUAAAAUUAAAAAUUUUCUGGGGAAACAUGCCCCAGGACCACCGUAGGAGCUACCGCCUUCAGCGAACGUUUAUCCGAACCCCCCUUCACCAAAUCCUGGAUCUGCCCCAGAACUUAGCUGAAAACGUUGGUCACCUUCAGAGAAUAGGUCCUAAAGUCUUUGAAAUCCAUUUUUGCUACUAUUCUAGGAAAACAUACAAGAGUGCCCUUCAAACUUCAGGUGUUUGGAAGCAAACCAGGUCAAUUUCUUGCGCCCAAUUAGAGUAUGUUUUUCUGACAUGCAUUCAUACUUUGUUAUUUACUGAACUGUAUGGUAGGCAUCGGUUGCUACAACAUUGAAGCCACAGAUGACUUACAUUUGUCUUUGAGCAACUUGAAUAACUUUGCUUUCCAGAAAAUUUUUAUAGCUAGGCAUCUGAACCUUCAGGCACCCAAUGGUUAUAGACCAUUCCAGGUGUUACUUCUGUCUGUAAGACAACACUUACUUGCAUAACUCUUAUUUACAACAGAAUUCAUAAGCACCUGAGAAAUUAUACUAAAACAGUUAUUUGCUUUAGGCUCAUAGAAAAUUGUUAAAAAAUCCCUGAGAUGAAGUUAAGGGAGUUAUUCAAUAAUAUUCAAUUAGCCUGAAGCAAAUAACUGUUUUUAGUUCAUUUCUCAGGUGCUAUUGAAUUCUGUUGUAACUUUGUUUUGGUGUUGAAACCAUUCUAUAACUGACAAUUGUUUUUGAUUACUUGUAUUGGGAUAAGCAGCCACUUUAUACAAGAUUUUGACACGUAUUUAAUUAGAUCAGCAAAAACUUCAUAUUUUUCAUUUGAAAAGUGUUACACCAAACUUAGUAGCAUCUUUGGUGCUCUUCUGAAUUGCAUUAAUUUUUCUUCUAUCAAAUGUAUCACUUCCUGACCUUCCUGCAUAAAGAAAAUUAGAACCCUCCCUACAACCACCUUGUGGGAGAUGAUUUAGCAAGAUAUGAUGUAAUCCUCAAUCAAUCAGAGCACAUGCAUUUCUAUUAUCAUCAGAGCAAUUAUACCAAAGGGUAACAUUAAACACUGCAAAAAAGCAUGGAAGGUUUGGGUCUGGUUGACUUUACUAUGUUACCCAUCCCAAACCUCCUUGUUUUUUUACUUGUUCACUAACAUAGCACUGUUAAGCAUUGCACAGGGCUCGACACUAACAGUAGCCAACUAGCAACAGGCUAGUAGAAUUUCAGUUUUGGCUAGUGGUUUUU